UAAAAUAUGGCCUAAUGUUCUGUGACAAAAUUUUGUUGGAUAAUAUCUGAGUUUAAAAAACAAAAUUAGUUGAAUGUGUGUUCUUAAUGGUUGGAAUGGAAAUAUUGAUUGUUUUUUAUGCUUGUGAUAAAAACCGAUAACUUAUGGAAUUUCUUUCAACGUGUCAAUAUUUUAAAUGGAAGUACUGACGGUGCUGCUGUUUUGAUGGACACAAUUUUAGAGUGGAAUAUAACCCUUCAGGUGCUCUGAAAAAUAUUUGUGGCAUCAAAAUGAGAAACCAUGACCAAGGACCCUUCAAAAGCUGUGUAUCCCAUAUUCAGCCCUAAUUUUGCUGCUACGAAAUUUAACCUUCGACCUCUGCCGCCAAUAAAACCCGUAAAAUCUGACGACAAAAUGUGCAUUGGGCGAAUAGGAUGUUCCGGGCGUGUGGGGAUUUUCCUGGUGCUUGGAGUGAUCUUGAUUGUUUUGGGACUGGUUUCGCUGGGGCUGAACAUGAAUAUUGGGGGAAUUACAACGUCCAAGGAGCAUACAGAGUUGAUGCCCCUGUAUAUACCUUGCGGAUUGGUAAUCUUCUCAGGACUUGUGGUCAGUUUUCUAUUCUGGAAGAGAUUCAAAGUGCUGGUCUUGAUGUCCAUUGGUCUGAACACAGCCACUGCUUUCCUGUGCAUCAUCGUCGGCGUUAUAACGAUCACUCACAUUAUUACGCCACUCCGCAACAUGAGUUCCUGUCGGUACUACACCUCACAGCGACUAUGCCAGUGCUUUUCCCCAUAUCAGAGAGACGUUUUUAAUCUGGAUUUUUCAGAAAAUGAUUUAACAAAGUAUGCGUUCGAGGCAGCCACAGGUUGUGAGGACAUUCAACACACGUUGCCCAAUCUUCUGUACGGGAUCUCGAUCGUGUUCUGCAUCGCCUUUGUGAUUGCGUUUGUAGCGUCUACAUUGGCACUGCUGGUGUUGAGAGCGGAAAGACUUAAACGGGGAUUUCUUGGUGAGGACUCUUACGAAGAAGUUUACACAGUCAGUGGGUCAUCACAGGACCAAUCAGAUAGCGAAUCAGAGGUCAAUAACGAGGUAGUGACCUCUACUCAAGGUCACCUCAGUAUUUCUAAAAAUAGCACCAGCCUCUCUCUGGGCAACACUGGGGAAAGCACCCCAGUCAGUUACAGUUCUAUUAAUAGAUCCAAUGUGGGCUCUGUAAAUAGAUCCAGAACCUCUGCCACUGAUCCAAAUGCCAUCACACCACCGCAGUUAAUCAGCAAGGUUCAAGUGAGUGCAGUUCAAGGUCAAAGGUUAAAAACUCCAGGACUAAAUGACCUAGACCUUGGCAAAGAAAGCUUGGCAAAUAGAUACCGGAUAUCAAAAACACCCGAUAAUGAACUUAAUGUGCGUCAGAGACUGUCAAAAACUCCUGAUAGAGAAAUCGGGUCAAAUCGCAGAAACAGUUUCACGGCAUCAAAAAGACUGAGCAAGUCCUGUGACUCUCUGGAAUCAUUUGGUAACGAGGCGCAAGAAAGAACCAAAAGUCUGGGAACUGAGGGUAAGAAAAAAUCAAAAUUAAAAGAUCACAGGCGAAAAGGAAAACGGGCCGCAACAGUUCACACGCUUGACACUGACCAACUCCUAUUAAUACUGAACCUUCAGAUGCGAUAUCUCCAGGAAGCAAAAGACACUCCGCAAAACAACAGCGCAAAUUUAGGAACAGCAUUUGCUUCUGGAUCACGCAGAGCUGUCACUCCACAACCAGUUUCACAUAAAUCUGUUAUACCUCCGAAAAUUCGCUCACAUACCCCACAACCUAGAAGAGCUGCAGAACGACUAAGAGCAGAAGCUUACGCUCAGAAUCUACACUCCAUUAAUAACUACCAUAAUCAAAAUCACCAUACAUUUGGUAAAGGUCAGGCAAAAGGUGUAUUGGAUAGUGAAAAUAGCUCACGUAGAACGUCAGAAUCAAGCGAGCGUACUAGUGACCUGCUUUUGGGUAACGUAAAUUGUGAUAGCGAGUUCCAGUACUUCCAAGGUCAAAGAUCGGGAAGUCUGGGAAAUUACGCUGACAGUUACUUACACUCUCAGCAGAUCAAAAGUGCAACACAAAAUUCACAAAACUCUCAAAUUUCCAUAAACAAACCCUACCAGCCAUACAUUUUCUCAGCAGACGUCCCGAUUUCAGGUGAUCAACAUUUUGUCACAUAUUCUGAUAGCAUGCUGAGUAAUAUACCAUCACAACCAAAAUCCAGACCUUCAGUUCAAAAUGGCCUCCUUCCAACUCGACCGCUGCAGCGCAGCCCUCAUCAGCAACUGCCUGCAACUCCAGUUUCCCGUAGAAGCGAUACAAGCACGCAAUUGCAUCAGCAGCCCAUACAUCGUGGAACUUCUGCGUUUAAAGUUGUGGAUCGGAAGGUUCCGUCUAGAAGCCCAUCGAUUGGUAGUGAUCGAAGUGGACAGUUGAUGGUCGAAUCAUCGUCCUCUUCACGGCAGAUGUUCGGGAAAGUUAGAGACGAAAUGCGGGAUCCGAUUCUGGAGAACUUCAGUCUCAGUUCCAAACAGGGCAUUGAUGGGGAAGCAGAUUUGGUGGGAGACUCGAUAGGAUUGCAUGAUAGCGAGGGAAAUUUCAUUCUAAGAGACAGAAAUUACCGUCCAACUGAAGAGGCCCUGCCUCCAUAUUCAGGUCCGCCAUCCUACAAAGAUCACGUUUCAUCCAGUAAUACCUCUGUAACCUCAUCACUUUCUUCCAAUCCAGAUGACAUCUACAGCUUUCCAAAACAGCGGUCACGUAGGAACAGCGAUCUUGCAAAGAAUAGCAGUAAAAAAAGUGCCACUGAAAAAAGAAGUGCCAAGAAAAGUAGUUCCAGUGACCAAGUGAAUGUGGGGUCUUCAGAUGGAGGGAAUAGUUCUGGACGGCUCUUUAGGUUCACUGGGGCUGCUGUGACAGGGUUUAACCAACAAGACAAAAGUGUUCCUAAUAGUAGCAAUGAAUAUAAGGUCAAAGGUCAUGGAUCUGGGAUUAAGGUAAAGGGUGAAAGCAAAGCGCCACCUCAGGGCAUGGUAACUGCUGAAAUUAGUUCAGGUCUAAACCGGGUUAAGCAGAUUAUUGUUCCGGAAGAUUACUACACGAAUGUUAGCAAUGUGCAAAGGUCGAACACUCGUUUUGUGAAAAAUAAAACACCUAUUCAGGAACCAGAAUAUGGGAAUACAAAAUCUGGCGAGUUACAGGGAUACAAUUAUCUGAGUAAUAAUUCAGAACCAGGACAGAUUGGGUCAGAUGAAAAAUAUCAAGAAUAUGAGGAUGUUUAUGAAACUGGGUCAAAGGAUGGUGACAAAAAGAGGUGCGGGUCUAUAAAGGAGAGUUUAAAACCCGGGGACAAUAAAUCCAAGAACAGAACAUAUGCAUCAGACGGUGUAUCAAACGUGCACGGGAUAUCUGAUAUGUCACUUAUCAAUUGUAAAAUGUCUGCCGAUGUUGCUAUGGCAGUUAAUCAGGGUAAUGGUUCUGUCAGUAAUGUACGUGCUGAUGUGAAGAAAAGUGUUCCUAAUAUUCAGCUUAAUAGUUUGAGCAUCAACUCAAAGACUGAAGACGAUGAUGACGAUGUUUUUAUUGACAGUCGAGAAAAAAUGGUUGAUUCAAAGCCAUCAAGAAUUCCCAAUAUUUCGAAUAACAAUUAUGAAGAAAUUAACGAUUUGGAGCUGGUCAAUAGGGUUACAGAUUCAAAUAAUGGGCCAAAUCAUUUAGAAUCAACCAAUCAGGAUGUUCUGGAUUCUGGUUAUAUGAAAAUGACGCUUCCUUCAAAGGUAAUUCAGCUUUCAAACUCCGAAACUUAUGGCAUAGCAGUGCACUUGACUGGCCCGUCUGGCAUUAACACACCAUACUAUGUAACUGAUCUCAUAGCAAAUCAAAAUCAUUUGUCCGGAUUCAUGACACAGAAUCAGAGCAAUAAGAAUCCUUCUUUAGGAGAUUCUGAGAUUUCAACCAAUCAAAAUGGACCUUUAAGUCAUGUUGACUUUGCCUCGACCAAUCAGAGAGGACCUAUUUGUCAUGAGAAAAGGAUAAUGACCAAUCAGAUUAAAGGACAGAGAGUAGAACCUGCUGGUUUUGAGGAACCAGAUGAUUCUAUUGAUGAAGAGUUUGAAGAAACUGGUGUUUAAUUUGUUGAUUUUCAUUUAACAUGAUUAUGAGGCCAAUGUACAUGUAAUUGUCAUUUGAUUCAAUUGACAUCUUAAAGCCACACACCUUAUUUGGCAUAGUAAAUUUAAGUAUAAAUAAGAAACAUAUUUUAUUUAUGCCAAUUAGAAUAUAUUUGGUGGUUACAAGGUAGAAAUCCGUCUUUUUGCGCUUUAAAACUUAAAAAUAAUCGCGUUUGUCAAAAUGGACAUAUACCUCUAGAAAUCCUACUUUCGUUUUUAAGGGCGUUUCUGUUUGAAAAAUAAUAAAUUACUAGCUAACUAGGCUAUAUAUUUAAUUUUAUCUAUGCCAAUUAGAAUAUAUCUGGUGGUUACAAGGUUAAUUCCGUCUUUUUGCGCAUUAAGACUUAAAAAGAAUCGCAUUUGUCGAAAUGAAAGUAUACGUAUAUAAAUCCUACUUUCGGCUUUAAAAGCGUACCUUCCGUUUGAAAAACAAUAAACUACUUGCGAACUAGGCUGUAGAUUAAAUUACAAUUUUGCACACUUUCAAAUUGCAUCUAUAUGUAUUUAUUAACAUGUAUUUCAUUUCAAGGUGUGUGGCUUUAAGCAAAAUUAGGUUUUAGGUCACCCAAACUUUUUUUUUUAUUAAUAUCAUAGAUUUUCUUUAACUAUUUUUACUAUACUUACAAUAUGUCUACAUGUUUUUUCAUUACAGAUAUUUAAUAACAAAACUUUAAAUCAGUAUAAAACAAACUUUUAAAUGUCAAUAUUAAUUUUCCAAAUAUUAAAAUUUUAAAAAGACUGAUGCGUAGUUAAACUUUAAAGUGUUAGCAUUGAUAGAUUGCCAUUUUGUUGUAUAACCAUAACUUCUAGAGCCAAUCUUUGUUAUGUUGGCAUACAAUCUUCUUAAACCAUCUUUAUAUCAAGGAAUUCAAUAGAGUUUAAAAAUCAGGAGUCAAAUGACACCAUGCUUUACAUCUUUUGGGGUGAGAAUUUUUAAGCCAAAUGCUAUUUUAAUUCUGGAAUACAUGUACUCUGAAAAUGUUGUUGUGUGUGCACUUACAUGGUAAGUUAAAUACUAUGUAAACAACACAACUUUUGUGUGAACAAAUAUAUUUUGGAGUUAACUUCUUGUUAGCAUUUCCGUCAACAUGAUGGAAGGCAGAUUGUUUGCGGGAGUCAAAAGUGAGAAAUUUAACAAAGAGCUUUCAUCAAGAGGCAGGAUCCAAUUUUGCUUCAAUGCCUUGUAUAUAUUGAACUUUUAAAAUAAUGAAAUUUUGCACUAUUUACUUUAAAUUAUUAUACCCCUUGCAAAAGUGUAGAGGGCUAUAGUAGACUUGAUAUAAAUGUAUACCUGUAAACACAAAUUUGUUAGGAUGCUUUUUUUUGUAUACACAUGUGUUGUUUAAGUAUUCUAGAUGCCCUAACAGAUUUUUAAGUUGCCAAAGAAAACGGGAAAGGUGGCUGAAAUGUAUUUUGUUAUCAGGCGCCUUGGAAGAAGUGAGGGUAUUUUGCUUUUGUCAGUCUUUAUUUUUAUUAAAUUGUCAGUCUGUAGACCUUUUUAUGCCCCCUGUCGGGUAGCAUAUAGCAGUUGAACUGUCAGUCCGUCUGUCUGUCAGUGUGUCCGUCUGAAAACUUUAACAUUGGCCAUAACUUUUUCAAUAUUGAAUAUAGCAACUUGAUAUUUGGCAUGCAUGUGUAUCUCAUGAAGCGGCACAUUUUGAGUGGUGAAAGGUCAAGGUCAUCCUUCAUGGUCAAAAGUAAAAAAAAUACAAUCCAAGGGAAGUAAUCAGCAUUAAAAGGGAGAUAAUUUCUAAACCUGCCAAAGGAUGUAUUGAAAUUUUAUUUCAAAGCGGUGCAAUAGGGGGCAUUGUGUAUCUGACAUACACAUCUCUUGUUGUUUUUGGCAUCAUCAAGGGUACAUUUUGACCCUUUCCCUCUCAGAAGCAUAGUGAAAAUUGCUAUAUGCAAACAGCAUAAAACCAGAACAGCCUGCAAGUUACUUGCAGUCUGUUCAGGUUUUAUGCUGUUUGCUGCUCAUCAGUAUCUAAGGGUUGGAAAUGAAGCCUUGAACACUAUAAUUGAGUGAGAAAGGUCUUUAGAAUUAAAUAUUACUUUCUAAGUGACUACAAAUGCGUCAAAAUACGUAUCUAAGUGGUAAAGGGUUAACCUAAAUAAUGUGAAUUGGCAUAAUGGUUACCAGGAAGCAAAGACAGGUUAAUAUUGGGGAUCAAGCGGAUUCUAGUUCAAGGUUACCGACACAUACGAUAUAUAUUAAACAAUCUAUGGCACAAAGUGAUGUCUUUUCUGAAAGUCUGGCAGGGGAGGGGAUGUCAUACAUGUUUCUAAACUUUCUACAGACAGCAUCUGAUUGAACAUACCUUGUACCUGGCUUUACAGCUAUAUAAACCCAUUACUUAUGAUAUACAUGUAAUAUUCCCGUAUGUGAACAUUGUGUUUAAUUAUCCCCCACCAUAGGCGGAGGGAUAUUGUUUUGGCGUUGUCCGUCCGUCUGUCUUUCCGUCUGGAGCCAUAUCUUGGAAGUGAUUUGGCGGAUUUCAUUGAAACUUGGUAUGAUUAUAUAUAUGGAUAAGAUGAUGAUGCACGCCAAAAGGCAUUGUACACUAUCUGUUAAUAACGGAGUUAUGGCCCUUUGUAUCUUCAAAAAAUGUUUUUUUGAGUGUCAAAUAUAACUUUUGUGUCCAGAAGCAUAUUGCCCGGGGAUAUCAAUUCAACGAAUUUGCUUGUUAUUAUUUGUGUGAUGUAUAGAAAACAAACUUCCAACAAUGUUAAACAAUUAUUUUGAUUAUCCAUGUAAAGUUUAUUCGUAUGCUCUUCUGACCUCAAGUUGUGUAUUUUUUACCGGAUAUUGUAUUAUUGCUUACAAAUUUAUGAAUAAAUUUUUUGUUGUGAUUAAAA